AUGGACCCCAAUUACAAUCACGAGAACUUCAAUACCGACGACUACCAGAAGGAUAGCGACCUCUGGCAUGACGAUGGGAACAUACAUGUGAGGGCAGAGACCACGAUCUUUCGUGUCCAUCGAAGCAUUCUCGCUGGGCGCUCGCUGUUUUUCAGGGAUAUCUUGUACAAGAACACCAACCACCCUUCCCGAGAAAACCAAGAUCCUCUCCCUCUUACGCUUUUCGAGAAAGACGGCGACGUAAAGCUGAUGCUUCUCGCGAUAUAUAAUCUAAACUUCAUUCAGAAUCCGCUAGCCAAUGUAGAGCUCAAGACUGCUGUAUCCAUGCUUUACCUUGGAUUCGCCUACAAGAUAGGCCUUCUAUUCGAGCUGGCGCUUAAACACCUGUCGUCUCUGUUUCCGACCACUCUGGAGAAAUGGGACAAUCCCUCAGCUGCCACGGUGAUUGUGCCACGUUCAGACGAAGAUUUCCUAUCUACCCUCCUCCAAAUUGUCGUGCAUGCGGCAAACGCCCGCAUCUGGUGGCUGCUUCCAGCGUUGCUACAUUCAUGCUGCACCCAUUCACUUAUCGACAUCGUGAAAAACGACAUCUACAAAAAGAAGUUGACAGAACACCAGCUUUUUUGGGACAUAUCUCAGCUGAAGGAUGCCAGUCGAAAGGAGCCUGUCGGGAAAUCGCGCGGAAGUGGUAUCUGGAAUCGCUCGAAUGGCGGUGCAAUACCCCCCUGGAAAGAUUAUCCCGUGCAGGAAGGCAAGGGAAGUUCCUCCAGGGGGUCUGUGUUCCGUGCUUCAAUCGAUGUCGGAAACUGCAUGAAGAAGGAAGAAAAGCCUUUUGGAAGGUACUACCGACAAUGA